CUCACAACUUCGGAAAUGAUUCCCUAUGAUAGCGGAUGAGAUCGCCGGAUACAAUGCCUUACCCAGGCGAAUCGUCAAGAGAGCCAUUGAAUCCAAGGCACGCCGCACGCCAGCACCGCUUUCACGCCACCCGACCACAUGGAUGAUGGAUCAUGGACGUGCAUCCCUCCCACACCCGCGAGUCGGGACACCGAGAUAUCCGGAAUCGAGGCUUGAAGAAUACUAUAAAAGAAUGCCAUACGCGACGCAGGUCCAGCUGGAUGAACUAUGAAGGCCCCCAUCCACUCGCCUACAAACUACACCCACACCUUCUCCCGACUCUCGACCCCCCAGAAAAGAUGGCUCCUCUCAUCCUGGCGCUGGUGCAAGCGUUCUUGCUCACUUCUGCUGCUGCUCAUCAACCGAAGAUUCCGCGACCGGACAGCAGGCAUCAUUCCCGAGGCCAAUCGAGCAUCGCGUGGCACGCAUGUGACAUCCAGGGGGCAACUGUGCCGGUCGAUUGUGGCAGCUUGAGCGUGCCCCUGGACUACACCAACGCAGCGUCAAACACGGCCAUCGAUCUCGAGCUCGCUAGGAUCCCGGCUGCCAAUACGCCGUCGAAAGGCAGCAUUCUGUUCAACUUUGGGGGUCCCGGUGAUCCGGGAAUCGACAGCUUGGUCGCUUUGGGUGAUGUGCUGCGGGUCUUGACGGGUGGCGACCAUGAUCUCGUGGUGUUUGUGCCGAGGGGGACCGACAACAACACCCUGCCCUUUUCGUGCUACAACAACGCAGCCGAGCGAACCAUGGCCCAACUAGCCUUGGCCGCGGGGAAUUCCUCCGACGUCGCUGCCGGAAGGAACUGGGGCAAUGCACAGAUCCUGGCCGAGAGCUGCUAUGCCGCCCGGAACGAGACCGGCGCACUCGUCGGCACCUCCUUCGUCGCCAGGGACAUGAUGCGCAUCGUGGACGCGCUCGGUGAAGACGGACUGCUUCGGUACUGGGGCCUCUCGUACGGGACGCUGCUCGGAGCAACCGCCGCUGCCAUGUUCCCCGACAGAAUGGACAAGGUGAUCCUGGACGGCGUGGUCAAUCCCCACGAGUACUACCAUAACAGGGAAGUCGAGAUGUUCACCGACACCGACGCGGUCUUCGCCGGCUUCUGCGCCGGCUGCGUCGCCGACCCGGCCCGCUGCCCGCUCGGCCGCAACCACAGCGCCGCCUCCCUCGAAGCGGCCGUCCUGUCCUUCAUGUACGACCUCAAGUACAACCCCAUCGUCGUCCACGUCCCGGGGGGCCCGGGGGAACUCGGGGGAGGCUACUACCUGCUCGAGUACACGCUGAUCCGCCAACUGACUCUCAACAUGCUGUACGCGCCCGCCCUCUGGCCGGCCUUCGCAACCUUCCUCGACGGCCUCCUCUCCCGCAACAUGGACCCCGUCGUGGCGUACCUCACCAACCUCCUCGCCCAACCUUCCCCGAUAGCGGCCGAAGCACUCCCGGGGAUCAAGUGCGGCGACGUGCUAACACGGACCUCCUCCUCCUCCUCCGGGCUCGAGGGCAUCCUCCCCGUGGUAGAGGGCCGGCACCGGGCCAGCAAGGUCGCCGGCGACGCGGCCGACCACCUGCCCAUGUGGUGCGCGCAGUGGCGGAUCGAUGCCAAGGAGCGCUACCGGGGAGACUUUCGUGUGAAGACGAGGAAGCCCGUGCUGGUGAUUGGGAACACGUAUGAUCCUGUCACGCCGCUUGUCGCCGCGAGGAAUGUCAGUGCUACGCUGGAGGGGAGCGUGCUCCUGCAGCAUGAUGGUUACGGGCACUCCUCUCUCGCCCAAGCCUCGCUGUGCACCGCCCUGGCGACCCGGGCGUACUUUGUGAACGGCACGUUGCCCGAGCCUGGAACGAUUUGUGACGUGCAUGUCCCCCUGUUUGCGGGGACGAGCGGAUUUGAUGAGAUACUGGAGUAUUUCGAGGGCGGUGGUAACGUGACUGCUAAGAGGAACAGCAUGGAGAAGACUGCGUUGGCCAAGCGCGUGUUCGCACCGAAGCCGCCGAAGCCAUUCUUGCUGACCAUCUAACUCAGAUCACUGGUUGGAGGUUUGUCAACCCAGUCCCGGACUCCUGGGUGAUGGGAUGGAUUUUCAGCGAACAAGGGGAGGGGCGUACCGUUAUCGAGAUUGUUGGAUUAAAAUUGCUUUCUACCAUGUACACUGGUUACUCAAUAGUCUAUAUCCGAGGUAGCCUUAGAGGAUCCUCCAGGUUGAACGUUCUAUUGAAUCCGGUAAUCCUCUAGAGGACGCAGAGUUCCCAGUUUCCAGACCAGGGUUAGCGGUUGCUGAUCGUGAUCGAAUGUUUACCUCCUUAGUACGCCCAUGGCAGCGUCGUCUCAAAGUGACCCGAGAUGUUAUCUUGUCUCUGCUGGCACGUGAUCCAAGCUCAAACCUCUUAAAAUCCGUGAUAGAGAGGAUGCAAAGCUCGGUGCAACAGCCGAAGCCUAGCAUCGAGUUGAUGCAACC